GCCCCUGGGGGUAGUGCAGCUGGUCUGUGGCGCGGGUUCGGGGUGUUUUCGCGCCAUCAGGGAGUGACAGGCCCGCCACCCGGUGAAGUGGGGCAGAUGGAUGUCGCGGUGACGCGGGGCUGGGCUGGGGACACUGUCCAGUCACCGCGGCCCAGGUCUCCCGGUUGUCGCGGUGCGGGCAGUUCCCGAAGCUUCGGUUCUCCUGGCACCCGGUGAUCCUGCCUGGGGCGACCCCCGCGUGAAUGGCGGGGACCAAGCGGGUCGUGGCGGAGAAAUCAUUAUAUAUUCUAAAAAUAUACCCCCCCCCCUUCUCUAUGGACUUCACAUAAAACUAGCUCUGUCUGUAUUUGGGUUUAUUGUCUAAAUGUCAGUACCGUAAACCCGUAUCAGUCACACAAAAAUCGGGGCAGUUAAACCAUGAGUUGUGGAAAAGACUUUGUGGAAACAUUAAAAAAAAUUGAUUAUCCCAAAGCUGAUGUUCUUAACGGGGAAGACUUUGACUGGUUGUUUGAGACUGUCGAAGGUGGGUCAUUUCUGAGGUGGUUUUGUGGGACAGUGAAUGAGCAGAACGUGUUGUCGGAAGCAGAAUUGGAGGCUUUCAGCGUUCUUCAGGAAUCAGGCAAGCCCAUCCUGGAAGGAGCAGCACUGGAGGAAGCUCUUAAAACCUGUAAAACUUCUAGCCUGAAGAUACCUACCCUGGACGACAAAGACCUAGAGAAGUUAGAGGAUGAGGUUCGGACGCUGCAGAAAUUAAAGAACCUAAAAAUUCAGCGACGUAAUAAAUGUCAGUUGAUGGCCUCGGUAACGAGGCACAAAUCUCUGAGGUUAAAUGCUAAAGAAGAAGAAGUCACUAAAAAGCUGAAGCAGAGUCAGGGAAUUCUAAAUGCUAUGACUACUAAGAUGAAGAAUGAACUUCAGGCUCUUACAGAUGGAGUUGCAAAAUUGAUGGUGUUCUUCAGACCUUCGGAUUUGGGUCCAGGGACAAAUCCUCUGGUGUUUUUAUCUCAGAUUUCCUUGGAAAAAUAUCUCAGCCAAGAAGAGCAAUGCACAGCAGCGUUAACCUUAUAUACCAAAAAACAGUUCUUUCAGGGUAUACAAGAAGUCUUUGAAAGUUCAAAUGAAGAGAAUUUUCAGCUUUUAGAUAUACAAGCACCCUCUAUUUAUGAUAACCAAGAAAUCCUCGAGGAGAGGCGGCUAGAGAUGGCUAGGCUGCAGCUAGCAUACAUGUGUGCUCAACAUCAGUUAAUUCACUUGAAAGCACGUAAUUUGAGCAUGAAAUCAAGUAUAAAAUGGGCAGAGGAGAAUCUUCAUAGCUUCACUAGCAAAGUUCUUGGAAAAGAUCAUUUGGAUGCUAAAAUUUCUAGCUUGAAUACUCAGAUUCUGAAACUCGAAGAACAGAUUACUCAUAUAAAAGACAAAAGUUUGCCUGCUGUGGUAAAAAAGAAUGCCCAGUUGUUGAAUAUGCCAGUUGUGAAGGGAGAUUUUGAUCUGCAGAUUGCCAAACAAGACUAUUAUACAGCAAGACAAGAGUUUGUUAUAAAUCAAUUGAUAAAGCAAAAGGCAUCGUUUGAACUUCUGCAGUUAUCAUAUGAAAUUGAAAUGAGAAAGCAUUGGGACAUACAUCGUCAACUUGAAAAAUUGGUUCAUGAACUUAGUCAAAGUAAUAUGAUGCUCCAUAAGCAAUUAGAAAUACUAGCUGACCCAUCAGUAUCUCAGCAGAUAAAUCCAAGGAAUACCAUUGAUACCAAGGAUUAUUCUACUCACAGGCUUCAUCAGCUUUUAGAAGGAGAGAAUAAGAAAAAAGAAUUGUUUAUAACCCAUGAAAACCUGGAGGAAGUGGCUGAGAAAUUAAAACAGGAUGUUUCUUUAGUACAAGAUCAAUUGGCAGUAUCUGCUCAAGAACAUUCUUUCUUUCUGUCCAAACUGAAUAAUGAUGUGGACAUGCUUUGUGAUGUUUUGUAUCAAGGAGGAAACCAGCCUUUGCUUAGUGAUCAGGAGUUAACGGAGCAGUUUCAUCAAGUUGAGUCUCAACUGAAUAAACUAAAUCAUCUUCUCACUGAUAUUCUUGCUGAUGUAAAGACAAAAAGGAAAAUUUUGGCAUCUAAUAAACUGCAUCAAAUGGAAAGAGAAUUAUAUGUAUAUUUUUGUAAAGAUGAAGAUUAUCUGAAAGAGAUCGUGGAAAAUUUAGAAAACCAAUCAAAGAUUAAGGCUGCUGAUCUCAAAGAUUGAAAAUUACUACAUACUGAAUCUUUAUUACAUAUGCUGUGUUUUAAUGUUUUACAUAUCAGGAGGAGAAUAUAGCUAAUAAACACUAAGAAUUUAAAUUUGAGGUCAAUGGAACAUUUAAUUUAAUGAAUUCAAGUAUUAUAUCAGUGUUUUUUUCUUUCUAUAACAUGUUUGUUCAGAGUCAGUGCUUAAUAUUACUUGAAUAUUUGCUUGGUGCCACUUAGUCCUGGUAACUUUGUACUUACAAGAAAAACACAUUACAGUAGCUGUCCCCUUAUCUGCAGUUUUGCUUUCUGCUGUUUCAGUUACCUGCAGUCAACUAUAGUCUGCAAAUAGAUGUGGAAAAUUUCAGAAAUAAACAGUUCAUAAGUUUUUUUGUUAUUUUUAUUUUUAUUUAUUUUUUAAAAAAUAUAUUUUACUGAUUUUUUACAGAGAGGAAGGGAGAGGGAUAGAGAGUUAGAAACAUCGAUGAGAGAGAAACAUCGACCAGCUGCCUCCUGUACACCUCCCACUGGAGAUGUGCCCGCAACCAAGGUACAUGCCCUUGACCGGAAUCGAACCUGGGACCCUUUAGUCCACAGGCUGAUGCUCUAUCCACUGAGCCAAACCGGUUUUGUUAUUUUUAAAAAUACACAUUUUUUUAUUGAUUUUAGAGAUGAAGGUAGAGAGAGAGAGAGAAACAUCAAUGAUGAGAGAGAACCAUUUAUCAGCUACCUCCUGCAUCCCUCACCAGGGUUCAAGCCCACAACCCAGGCAUGUGCCCUGACCAGGAAUUGAACCGUGACCUGGUUCAUAGGUCAGUGCUCAACCACUGAGCUACGCCAGUUAGGCCAGUUCAUAAGUUUUAAAUUGUGUGCUGUUCUGAAUAGUGUGAUGAGAUUUCACACUCACCUGCUCUGUCUAGUCUGGGGCGUGAAUUAUCCUGUUUUUUCAGCAUGUCUACACUGUAUGCUACCUGCCUGUUAGUCACUUAACUGUCUUGCUUAUCGGAUCAGCUGUUACAGUGCUUGUGUGCAAGUCACCCUUACUUUCCUUAAUAGCCUCAAAGUGCAAGCGUAGUGAUGCUGACAAUUCAGAUACGCCAAAGAGAAGACAUACAAUUCUUCCUUUAAGUGAAAAUGUAUGUGUUGUAAAGGAAAAAGUGUGUGUAUAGGGUUCUGGUUUUUUUUUAAUAGAGUUGUAUCUCUCCUUUAUUAAUUUUUUUAGAAAUAGAAAUAUUCUGCUGUUAAAUGUUUUUAAAUUUUGUAGAACUUUGAAUCAGCAUUGUUAAAGCUGUAAGCUUAAUAUAUGGGAUAGCUAAGUCUAUAUUUGACUGUAAAGUAAAAUUCUGCCACUCUGA